AUGCAGCCUUGGAAGGGUGUUAUUCUCAAAAAGCCCAAACCUGGCUGGGAAGAGGAAUAUGAUACAGAGAAACAAGCCUAUGGUAUUUUAAGGCCGCUUCAGGGUACCAUUAUACCAUGUUUCUACGGAGAAGCGGUGUAUGGCGGAUCCUCGGCACUUGUUUUUACUGCUGUCGCUGGCAGCAAUCUAUUUGAUCUCGCACACAACAAGUUUCCUGAAAGCAAGGAUAAAGCCUUACAAAACAGCCUCAAGGAUGCCUUGAAAGCUUUAACAUCGUACGGAGUCGAGUACAGAGAUGAGAAAUUGGACAACUUCUUGUCGGUGGACGAGCGAGUGAUGGUUAUCGACCUUGAACAGGUCAAAUUUGGUACCACAGAUGUUUGGGAGGAAAAGGUCAAUUCUGCCACUGCUAAUUCUAUUAUGCGGAGCUUCGUGAGAACUCGCAAUCCGGACGGCAUGAACCGCAUGAGCAGCUACCGCCGUAGCUUACUCGGGUAAGGUAAACGAUUGUACUUGACCAAAAAAAUACUCGUAGAUUCAGCAGACAAAGAUCACCUGUUAUGUUUGCCCAUGUUGUGAUAUAGAGAUGAGCUAACACAAUAGAUCAUACAGGCAACACCUAGUUAGCUAGUCUUUAAUCAGAAGGGAACUGAAACAAUGACAUGUCCAAAAGACCCUUAGAGCUGAGUGCAUUAUAUUGAGGCCACAUCUUACUGCUACUAGCGCUCAUCCCAUGCCCAGAUAUACUUAGUGAGCACAGGGUGAGCACCAAAAUGGAAAGGGAAGGCCUUGGACACGUGCGAUCCCAAGUACAUAUGUCAGUAUUCACUUGAAGCCUCCAUUCACUUUCCUUGUUAUGUUAUGAGGACCUCUCUAGACUGGAUUACAGCCAGGAUGUGCAGAAGCCACUGCUUGGAUGCUGCAAUCGCAGAAGCUUUAUCACAAAGAAUGAUACCGAAGAAGAAUUUUCAUCGAUGACCACGACAGAAUAGCAU